CCCCUGCUGCAGCCACUUCCGGCAGGCGCUGCGCUGCUGGGGGGCGCGGGUGAGAAUGGCGGCGGAGAACGAGGCCAGCCAGGAGAGCGCCCUGGGCGCCUACUCGCCAGUGGACUACAUGAGCAUCACCAGCUUCCCGCGGCUGCCCGAGGACGAGCCGGCGCCCGCGGCCCCGCUGAGGGGCCGCAAGGACGAGGACGCCUUUCUGGGAGACCCCGACACCGACCCGGACUCCUUCCUGAAGUCGGCACGGCUGCAGCGGCUGCCAUCCUCGUCGUCGGAGAUGGGCAGCCAAGACGGGUCGCCGCUACGCGAGACGCGCAAAGACCCGUUCUCCGCGGCAGCGGCCGAGUGCUCCUGCCGCCAGGAUGGGCUCACGGUCAUCGUCACGGCCUGUCUCACCUUCGCUACCGGUGUCACCGUGGCGCUGGUCAUGCAGAUCUACUUCGGGGACCCCCAGAUCUUCCAACAGGGUGCCGUGGUGACCGACGCUGCCCGCUGCACUUCACUGGGCAUCGAGGUGCUCAGUAAACAGGGAUCUUCUGUGGACGCAGCAGUGGCAGCAGCCUUAUGUUUGGGGAUCGUGGCUCCACACAGUUCUGGCCUGGGCGGUGGGGGCGUGAUGCUGGUACAUGACAUCCGACGAAAUGAGAGCCACCUAAUUGAUUUCCGCGAGUCCGCACCAGGGGCCCUCAGGGAAGAGACCCUGCAAAGAUCCUGGGAGACCAAGGACUCUCCUUCCCAGGAACCCCCCUCCCCCCAGGACCCCUCCUCCUUCCCCCAGGACCUCCUCCACCCCCUGCUCUCCGGCUCCCCCAGGCUGCCAUGGUCCCAAGUCCUGGCCUUCGCAGCAGCUGUGGCCCAAGAUGGCUUCAACGUGACUCAUGAUCUAGUCCAGUCCUGGCGCCCUGCCCUGCCCAGCCUCCCGUCCCUGCCCCUAGCCCGUGCCCUGGCUGAACAGCUGCCACCCAACAUGUCCGAGCGCUUCCGGGAGACAUUCCUGCCAUUGGGCCGCCCGCCACUACCUGGCUCGCUGCUGCAUCGGCCCGACCUGGCUGAGGUGCUGGAUGUACUUGGCACCUCUGGCCCGGCUGCCUUCUACGCAGGUGGCAACCUCACACUGGAGAUGGUGGCCGAGGCUCAGCACGCAGGGGGUGUCAUAACUGAAGAGGACUUCAGCAAUUACAGCGCCCUGGUGGAGAAGCCUGUGUGUGGCGUGUACAGAGGCCACCUGGUUCUUAGUCCCCCGCCCCCGCACACGGGCCCUGCCCUCAUCAGUGCUCUCAACAUCCUGGAGGGCUUCAAUCUCACCAGCCUGGUAUCCCGAGAACAGGCUCUUCACUGGGUGGCAGAGACCCUGAAGAUUGCGUUAGCCCUGGCCAGCAGACUGGGAGAUCCCGUCUAUGAUUCUACCAUCACUGAGAGCAUGGAUGAUAUGCUCAGCAAGGUGGAGGCUGCCUACCUCCGGGGCCAUAUCAAUGACUCCCAGGCAGCCCCUGCCCCACUCCUGCCUGUCUAUGAACUAGACGGAGCUCCCACGGCUGCCCAGGUGCUGAUCAUGGGACCUGAUGACUUCAUUGUGGCCAUGGUUAGCUCCCUGAACCAGCCCUUUGGCAGCGGCCUUAUCACCCCCUCGGGGAUCCUGCUCAACAGCCAGAUGCUGGACUUCUCCUGGCCCAACCGGACAGCUAACCACUCUGCACCCAGCCUGGAGAAUUCAGUGCAGCCAGGGAAGCGGCCACUCUCUUUCCUGCUGCCCACAGUGGUCCGACCCGCGGAGGGGCUCUGUGGAACCUACCUUGCUCUGGGGGCCAAUGGAGCUGCGCGGGGCCUCAGCGGCCUGACACAGGUUCUGCUGAAUGUCCUGACCUUGAACCGGAACCUGAGUGACAGCCUGGCCCGCGGCCGCCUACACCCAGACCUGCAGUCCAACCUCCUGCAGGUGGACAGUGAGUUCACAGAGGAAGAGAUUGAGUUCCUGGAAGCCAGGGGUCACCACGUGGAGAAAGUAGAUGUCUUAUCCUGGGUCCAUGGCAGCCGAAGGACCAACAACUUCAUCAUCGCUGUUAAGGACCCUCGGAGCCCAGAUGCAGCUGGAGCCACCAUCCUGUAGAGCAGCAGGGUGGGGCGGGGUCUCUGCUCCCCCACUUUGCAUGUUCCCAGAGUCCCUCCUUCUCCCAGGUUUGGUCUCAGGGGGACCCCAGGGAUGCUCCAGAUCAGGGGCGAGAGGGGAUGCUUAGCAAACCCAAUCCCAGAGUAACUGGAAAAUUCUCCAUCAGGAGGCUUGUGGUGGUGGUGGCGGUGGUGGUGGUGGUGAGUGUCAGCAUCCACAACCAGGCAGGCAGGACCUUGAGGAAUCAGACUGUCUGUCUGUGUGUCACCUCUCCUCCUUCAGCCAUGCUGGCCCUGAGCUUAGGGAUGUGCUUGCAAACCCUUCUCAAGGCUCUCACAACCCCAACAUCUUCAGACUGGCCUGACCUGGGCCUUGUCUUCCAGUUCCUUUCUCCUAUUCCCAGCCUCAUUUCUUAAAUGACUAGGAAUUUUUUAAUGGACCAUUAUAGGGAGGGGGUGCUCCUCUUUUCCCACCAGGUUGAGGUGGGGGCCUUGCAUCUGGGGGUCCCCAGGGUAUGGGGUAGGGGUGGGGGUGGGGACCAGCUCAGGGGCUUCCAUUUGCAAAGGGGAAUUAAAGAAAGAAUGUUGCUUAA